GGGAGCCGGCGCCCGGAAGGUCAGCGUGUGAAGGUGGCAGUAGCAACGCGGGUCUUCCCGCUGUUGCUGGUCGUUGGGGGCGAACCACGGCCGAGCACACGAUCCCGGCCUGAGGUGGCGGUGGGAAGCCCACCGCAGUUUGCUGCGACGUCAUGGAGGGUGGCGGAGGAAGUGGCAACAAAACCACCGGCGGGUUAGCUGGCUUCUUCGGAGCGGGAGGAGCGGGUUAUUCGCACGCUGAUUUGGCCGGCGUCCCGCUAACUGGAAUGAACCCCCUGUCUCCUUAUUUAAAUGUGGAUCCACGCUAUCUGGUUCAGGAUACUGAUGAGUUUAUUUUGCCAACUGGAGCUAAUAAGACCCGAGGCCGAUUUGAACUGGCUUUCUUUACCAUUGGAGGAUGUUGCAUGACAGGGGCAGCGUUUGGGGCAAUGAACGGUCUUCGUCUAGGAUUGAAGGAAACCCAGAGCAUGGCCUGGUCCAAACCAAGAAAUGUACAGGUUUUGAAUAUGGUGACCAGGCAAGGGGCGCUUUGGGCUAACACUCUGGGCUCUCUGGCUUUGCUCUAUAGUGCAUUUGGUGUUAUCAUCGAGAAAACACGGGGUGCAGAAGAUGACCUCAACACAAUAGCAGCUGGAACCAUGACAGGAAUGUUGUAUAAAUGUACAGGUGGUCUUCGAGGAAUAGCACGUGGUGGCCUGGCAGGACUGACACUCACCAGUGUCUAUGCACUGUAUAACAACUGGGAACACAUGAAAGGUUCCCUGCUCCAACAGUCACUCUGAAGAGUUUUGCCACUUCAGGAAUGGGGGACACCACAUAGUCAUCCAGAUCGAUUAAUAAGUCAGUCUGGAGUUGCUUUCUCUCUUGAACCUACAGUAACUUUGAACAAUUGGAGACUCUGAUUUGCUGAGACAAAGAUCAUGGAUGUUUAACCUGGACUGCACUGCUUGCCCUUAAGUGAGUGGAAGCCACACCUUUUGGUGGCUCACUGAGUGUGUUUCUUUCUCCUUUGGAGAUGAUCUUGCACCUGGUUUCUUCUACCCUCAAAAUUGGAAAAGCAUUUACUCUCCAAAUUCAGGCCCUACUUGUUUUCAACACUUUUAUCACCAUGUUUAUUCAUUUAAAACUCCAAAACUUAUGUUGCCCUGUACUCCAAUAAAGGGUAAAAAUAGAACCGAAGUCAUAAUUCCAGCAUAAAA